AUGAUGGCUGAACGCCGACGCCCUAGAGUGUUUGGAUGCCCUCAAGAACGUCUCAGAGAGGCGGGCCUCGUCCGCAGAGAGGAAGAUCGCUGUACAAUCCCCCUAAAAUACUGUAAGGCAUUUCCCCACUCACUCUCACUUUCUCCCUCUCUAUCUUUUCCUGUGCAUGUAAUUCUCCUCGUCGCUGUCCUCAUCUUCGUCUUCUUCCCUCGAGAAUUUGUCCGUUACUCAAGGUUUCAAUCCCUAAGCGAUCUGCGGUGGCUAAAAUUCCUUCGAGCCAUCGUCAUCUUCUCUGUCGUCCUCGUUUUUAAUAAUUUCUUGGCUCCUUUGUGGUUCUGGGAUUCUCAAACCCAAGGCAGUACUGCUUCUCCUAAACUGCGUUCAUAUCACAUCGACAUCAUCUUGCUGUAUGAAGAUUUUCAAAACCUGGCCCAGUCAUCUGCCUUGUCAAUAAUUCUGAGCAACGAAGAAGAGGACCUCUCUCCGCGCGUUUUUGAAUUUCACUGCGGGUUCCCUCUCUCUUCACUCUCUUCCAUUUCCGUCCCUCUCUUCAUCUUCAUCCACGUCCUUCAACCGCCGCACCGACGACACCCGCUCUGUCCGGUUUGGGAUUUGGGAUUGCUUCCAAAAGCAUGGAGAAUAUAUAUGAUCUUGAAUGAUGCCUUGAUUGGAAUUGAAGUACAAAAAAUUUUCCCAGCUGCCUCACGUGAAUAUGCUCCAUUAGUGGAUGCGGUAUUUGAUGCUUCAGAAUGUUUUUUGUGCUCCCGGAACCUGUGUAAGCAUAUUUCUGAGUGGUAUAAGGGGAAUUAGUGAGUUGCAGAAUAUAUCUUCCUUGGAAAUCCGGACCUGAAUACUCUUGGGAGCAGCAGUACAACCCCUUGGUGUAUACAUUCAGACGACACCAUGGAUACAUCUCCCACCCUUGGUGUAUAUAUUGGACUUGAAAAAUGUCUAGUGAAGUUCAAAUGUGAUCAAUUGGGAAUUUUUACACAUGCCCUGCCGUCCUCUCUCCAAUGUGUCAUUCAUAUGGGAAAGUAAAAAAAGGGGGUAAGCUUUUAUAUUAUAGUAGCUUGUCUUGU